AUGGCGUUUAAGAAUAAGGUAUUAUUAACAUCCCUUAAUAACUUACCAUUUGAAGAGUACCGGCGGUUAUUAACAAACGUUAAUAAUGAAGAUUAUUGUACUUCGCCUCCAGUGAAACCUGCACCAGGAGAUGUGAUUUUGUAUCACAAUAGUAGUAAGCCAAUGGAUUGGAAAAGUGACCAGUUUCGAUGGCGUGAAUACGGUCGAAAGAAAAUUCCUAAAGCUGAUCCAUAUCUCCAAUGUAUUUAUUACAAAUCUUUUGUUGUUGAUAAGAAGUUUACAAAGAUGGCAUAUUCAUUAUUGAGCGAUGGUAAAUUUGCUUCUACGACCAUUGUUCAUUAUUUUGGAUCUACUGAUGGUAUCAUUGAAACACCUCAUGGGAACACGAAUCUUAAACCGGAAAAUGACAAUUUUAGACCACAUGUUAUGACAGCUAAAUCUCAACUUCAGUGUCAAAAAGAUAAUUUAGUUGGCCCACCUAAACAAUUAUAUAGGAAGCAAGUGACACUAGUUGAUGCACACCCAGCUCAGGAACCAGUAAUGGCGCCGAGGAAUUAUAAACAGUGUGCAAACACUGUAGCUGUGGAAAGACAAAGGCGCAUGCUGUCAAGUGAUGAUGUAUUUGGGUUAUACAUAUUACACGAGGAAGUGCCAAACUUUAUUCAAAACAUGCAACUUAUUCCAAACUUUGUAGUGGUUUUGAUGACUAAAAAUAUGGCAGAGGUUUUUACAACUAUUAGUCAUUUACCUGAAGUAGUCUUGCAUUAUGACACCACUUUCAAUAUCGGAGAUUUUUACCUGUCGAUUCUGAUUUUUAAACAUCCAUUAUUUGAAAGCAAACCAGUUAUACCAUUGGCAUAUCUUAUGCAUCAUACAAAAAAGUACGAAGUUCAUAAAGUUUUUUUUGAAACUGUUUUAUUAAGAUGUAAUGCACUUGGGUACAAAGGUUUAAAGAUUGUGACUGACCGAGAAGCAGCAAUCAUAAAAGCAAUUAAAACAGUGCUUCCAGAUAUAAAAUUGUUUUAUUGUUGGAAUCAUUUACAAAGAGAUGUUGGAUUCUGGCUGAAAAAAAAAUCAAAUUCAGAACAAAGUGAUGAAAUAAUUUAUAAAAAUAAUAUUUGGGACUUACUAGAUAGUGAAAGUGAAACAGAAUUCUGUCAGAAACUUCAACAAAUGUCUUCUGUAUGGAGUGCAGAAUUUUUAAAUUAUUUUAACAAACAUUUGAAAAUAGACUUGUUAAGCAGUGGUAAGUGGAUACUUCAGCAUCCAAAUGUAAAUAUAUAUGAAGAUAGAAGUGGAAUAACCAACAAUCCAUCUGAAAGCUUCAAUGCUGUUUUAAAACGUUUAUUUACUUCUGAAGUAAAAGCACAAAUUUGCGCUAUUUCCAUUUAUCAGCUGUGUCUUCAUUAUGAAAAAGAAAUAAUUCGUGGACUUAGUAAGCUAGGUGAAUAUAAGCUGAGUGACAAAUAUUGUAUAGAAUUUUACAUACCACCAAAAGAUUCCGUGUAUCAAAAACCAUCAGUUAACUUAGACCAAGUCCCAUAUUGCUUCAAAAACAAAGAAAUAAAUCAAGCUAUUUCUGAUGAAGAACGAGAUUACAGUAUCUUUUCCUUGGCAAAAUUACUUGUAAUCCAAAAUAGAGUAAAACAUUUACCUGAACUUCAAUGCUUUGCAGUCAGGGGUGAAAGUGAUGAUUACUUGGUAAAGUUGUUCUCUGAAAAAAAUGACACAUGUACGUGUCGUCUGAAAAAAAAAUGUCAUCAUAUUAAAGCUGUAAGAAUGUCAAUUAAUUACAUGGACAUUGAACAAGACCGAGCAAAGUUACAUACUUUAUUGAGGAAAUCCAGAGGUUUCAUUACUGGAAGGAAAAAAAUUCCAAAGAAUGUGGCGGUUGUUGAUGCAGCAGAUGACUCGGAGUUAUUUCAUGCAGAAAAAGACACCAUUAAAUCUUUCAUGAUUCCAACAGCAACAAAAAGUGACUCUGUUAAAAGACGUUUCAUACAAAAACCGCAAGACAAUGAAAUAACUCCAACUAAAAUAUGCAGAACUCACUCAACUCCAAAACGUUAUAAUAAUGAUAAUAUAAUAGAUACUACUCAAUUUAGUUCCAUAUGUAGUAAUGUUGUUGAUACUGAAAUACCUAAAGAGAAACCAAUAAUUAUAUCUGAUGGUGGGCAUACGUUUUUUAAAACUCACACAGAUGUACCAUCUUUUUCAAUAAAUAAUAAAUUACACGAUACACAGCAAGAUACAUUUGAGAUGAAGUAUAACAAACUGCAAACAUUUAAAGUUUGCGGUCGGUAUGUUAAUAAGAAACAUCUUGAGCCAUUGUAUCAUACAAAAGAUAGUGUUAAAGAUUCUACUGAAUUAUAUUUAUAUGGUACAGUCAUUGGGGUUUAUUUGUCAAUAUUAUGCCACGAAGAAAACAAUACCGACAAAUCUGUUACAUUCUUUACAUGUGAUGACAUGAUUUUAAGCCACUAUAAUGAAUCUGAAACAGCAAACAUGACUAUGUUAAAAGUUGGAAUGAGAGAAUUUUUAACAUAUCGUGUGCCUGAGUAUGACAUAGUUUUAUUACCUGUUUGCAAGUUCAAUCACUGCUAUCUUAUUGUUGUUUUCACAAAACUGUAUAAUAUCAUGUUUCUUGACAGUAAUUUAAAUUCAGUUAAUCGUGAUGAUAUAAAAUUCACUAUAAAAUUAUUUAAAUUGUAUUAUAAUUUUUUUGGUAAGGAUUUUGAUGAAAAACGCUUUACCAUCUACGGACCAAAGGUAUUCCAACAAUUUAAUGGCUAUGACUGUGGUGUAUACGCUUGUUUAUUUGGAGAGACAAUAAUUAAAAAAAAUAAUAACCAUCACCAAUACCACUUGCAAUGCAAUUUACCUGUUUACAAAAACAUCAUAAAAAAUAAAAUACUCGAUUACAUGAGAAAAGAUACAGAACCACCUAUUGCUUAUAAAUUUGAUAAAACAAAGCUGAAAAUGUUUCCUUAUAAAUGUAGUGUUAACAUUUCCACUCAAAUGACAUGUUAUGCGCUUCCUGGUAAUACAGAUCCAAUGGAUUAUUUAACAAAUAUUGCCAAUAAUUACUGGACAGAUAUAUCAUAUUGUGAUAAAAGUGGAUGCCCAGAUCCACAGAACCAAAAUCAAGAUCCCUCAACAACAAUUGAAUGGGUGUAUUGCAAAACAGGGCAUCAUUGGUUUCAUAUACAGUGUAUGGGGCUUGAUGUUUGCGAUAUAACGGAAAAUUCAUACAUUUGCCCAUCCUGUAGAGCGUAA